UUUAUGAGAGAGUAAAAUUUGACGCUGGUCCCUACGCGAUAAGAAGUUUUUCCUCGUUUUCAUUGGCUGAAGCAGAAGACUGGCGCGGUUGUUCGAGGAAGUUUACGCUGUCGGAUCUAGUUUUUCUUUUAUAUGAAAUAACAGGUGAUAUUUCUUUGUUGCCCUCUGUGAUCUCAAUAUAAUUACACGGGGAAAGCGACAGAUUUAGAUAUGAACUUAAGUCAUGUUCCGUUGACUCUGUGAGGAGUUUAUUGUCAGUUUGACUCGGCCAAAUGCAGUGUAUGUGGUGUAUGCAGGAAUCUGAGCUGAUCUUGAUUAUAUGACAUGGAGAGCAAGAGUAGUCGGUUUCCUUUCCCUUUCCAGCCCUAUCACAUCCAGGAGAGCUUCAUGGAGGCCCUUUACACUGCUCUGGAUCAGGGGAAAGUCGGUAUAUUCGAGAGUCCCACUGGCACGGGAAAAUCUCUGAGUCUUAUAUGUGGUUCACUGACAUGGCUGAGAAACUAUGAGGAGCAGAAGAAACUGGAGGCUGCUAAACUUCAGGAUGGGCCGGAGAAGAAGUGUGAUGCUGUGAAGGAGGAGAACAGCACCAGCCAAACAUCAGAGCCAGACUGGGUGUCUGAAUUUGUGCAGAAGAAAGCAGAGAGAGACAUUGUGAACAAGUUAAAGGAUGAAGAGCUGAAACGGAAGAAGCGAGAAGAGAGACUGGAGGUGAUCCGACACAAUGCCCAGCUCAGAUAUGCCAUGAAGAGAAAAGCCAGUGAAGAAGAUGAGGCUCUACUAAAAAGUCGAUUGAAGGCCAAAAAUCUGAUGUACAUCAAACAGAUCCUUUUUGUGCUGGAGGGACUUGUGCGCACACUCGGAGGUAAAGUGGGUCAGAAUCCGAACGCUCAGUCCUGCCAACUAGGAAGCGAGCUGCUGACCAUUUUUAAUUUGAAGGUUCAGAAAUAUUUUGAGAAGAGCAUGAUCAGCCAAAAACUGUUUGGAUUUGUGGAGAAAUACGAAGGCAGUGGUGUAAACAUACACUCCGGAUCUAAGAACAAAGAGAACCGUCGCAUAGAAGGACUGGGACGCUUCCUGCAGACGCUUCAGAACAAACCUACAGAUGCUUCAGAUCAGCAGAUGGCAGUAGAAGACAAACCAAUCAUGGCUUCUCCAAUGAUGCUGGUUGAAAGUUUCCUGUUUGCCCUCACUAAUGCCAACAAAGACGGACGAGUCAUGAUACAAAGGCAGGCAUGUCUCUCUCAGAGCAGUCUGAAGUUUCUCUUGCUGAACGCCGCAGUUCACUUUGCACAGAUCAUCCAGGAGUGCAGGGCCGUGAUCAUCGCUGGGGGAACCAUGCAGCCCAUUGCUGAUUUUAAAGAGCAGCUUCUAUUUUCCGCCGGGGUCACAGAAGACCGUAUUUUAGAGUUCUCAUGUGGUCAUGUCAUACCCCCUGAGAACAUCCUACCCAUAGUCCUUUGCGCCGGCCCCUCUGGACAACAGUUGGAGUUCACUUUUCAAACUAGAGACACGCCACAGAUGAUGGAGGAGACGGGCCGUGUUCUCUCAAACCUCUGUAACAUAGUGCAGGGGGGCGUGGUCUGUUUCUUCCCCUCCUACGAAUAUGAGAAGAGGAUUCUGGGACACUGGGAGAGUACUGGCGUCCUACAGAGGCUAGAGUCUAAGAAGAAGAUUUUCCAGGAGCCGAAAAAAGCCAGUCAGGUUGAGCAAGUGCUCAGUAACUAUUCCAAGUGUAUACAGCGCUGCAGUAAUGCCGGAAGUGGCCAGACAGGGGCGCUGCUAUUCUCUGUAGUAGGAGGGAAAAUGAGUGAAGGAAUCAACUUCUCUGAUGACCUGGGCAGAUGUAUUGUUAUGGUUGGAAUGCCGUAUCCCAACAUAAAGUCACCGGAGCUGCAGGAGAAGAUGGCUUACCUGGACAAGAACAUGCCUCACGUUGGUGGUAAAAGUCCUGGGAAGGCACUGAUUGAGAAUCUGUGCAUGAAAGCUGUCAAUCAAUCUAUUGGUCGUGCGAUCCGUCAUCGUGGCGAUUACGCAUGUAUUGUUCUGUGUGAUCACCGGUACGCCCGAUCAGGCACGCUGCAGAAACUUCCAGAAUGGAUUCGAUCCAGCACGCACACACACACAACAUUUGGUCCCGCCUUCGCCAGCAUCAGGAGGUUCUUCCUGGAGAAGCGACAGAGACCGCCGCUCUGAGGACAUCGACUCGACAGCGCCGAGCCACGUGUGUAAAAAUACUACGGUGUGGAAUGUUGUUGGACUACUCUGGCCUUGUGAAUUAUUGAGGCGGAGUUCUGCCGCCUCUGUCCUCUGUGUUUCAGCAUGAGUUUUUGGUUCAGUUCUUAACUUUCAUUUAAUUAAAGCUGAUUUUUACAAGACUGGAUUAGUUUGUUUGUAAUCCAAAAUGUGAAGCCAACAGACUCGCUCAGAUGGGCUAAAACAAUCAUAGUAGAUUAGAGUUUAUUUUCUGUACUAAAGACACUAAUACCAGAGAUGUUUUUGAGCAUGUAAAACAAAAUAUAAAAAAAUACAACCUGCUUUUUACAUUCUUUUUUUUCCUUGAGGAACAUUAGUUAUUUCACCAUCAACUUCAUGAAGUCACAUUAUUUUGAAUGAGCACGAGUAGUGAAAAAUGUUCAUCAAAAAGAGCAAUUAAUUAUUAAAGUCAACAUAAGACAACCAUAAUGUGAGAUUUACGAGUUAAAGUGGGUAACAUUAAUAUUUACCAAUCGCUUGUGUGGACGAGAUGACAUCAGAUGAAAAGGAAAGUCAUUUAAAAAAUGGAGGAAGUUACUAAAUUUUGAUGAAAGGUUACAAAGAAGCAUUUUGAAAUUGUUUAUAAAUCAUGCACAAAUGAUCAGAAACACAAAUGAGGCAUGCUAAUAGGCUGAAUUUAGAGUCAAGCUGACUCAAUCCAAUUGUUAAAAUGUCUUAACUUUUGCUAGUCUGGUAAAUAUUAAUUCAAAAGGAUGUUAAAAAUGGCAGCUGAUAUCACUUCCAGUUCAUUCAUCAUAAUGGAAAUGGAAGGUACAGUCAAGCACAUUGCAUUAUGGGAUACCAUGUGCCCUGCUGCAUACUGUAGCUCAUCCAGGAAGUCUAUGCAUAUUAUGUACAGUGUGCAUCAGAGAUAGGAUUUUUCCAUAUUUAUAUGGAUUUUUGUAUUUUGUAAUGGACUUUUUUAUUUUUUAAAUGGUUGA